UCUCUCUUUCCCCAUCCCCAGUCAACCUUCUUUCUGUCUCCAUUCUCCUCUUUCUUUCUUUCAUUCUCUUCCCCCCUCUCUCUCUUGCCUUCUCUAAAAGUUAUCUGGUGAGGAAUCGAGAAGACGUUUGGAUGAUUUUGACUCCACCAUCAGCGUCCUCUGGGGAAGACAUCAGUCGUGGCACAUAACGUCUUCUUUUUUUCAACGAAUCCAAUGGAUGCAUUGUUUGGCCUGCGUUUCAGACGGAAAGCCUGUGAGCCAAGCGGACACAGGCGCUCGAGCCUGUCACUUCCUGUGAGUAAAGCACGCCGGCGGUCCAGCGUGGGCCUGCCGUCGGCCGGCCUGGCUCAGAGACGCAGGUCUAGCGCUCAGCUCCAAACCGGCCAUGUGCCGCUCGGAGUCAUACAACACAGAAGAGGACACUUCACCAGACGGAGGUCGAGCGGUGCGACGGCCUGCCUGACCCCUCGGUUCGCUAUCCGACGAAGACAGGCUGCCAAACACCGCAGCAUUCACGCCCAGCUCCUGGGACCAUCGCUGCUCUUGGCUAGCGUGGUGCAAAUGAGCGAAGAUCACGAAACCGAGAAUAAGAGUGCAGAAGAAUACUCCUCUCUCUCUGAUAGUGACUGUAGCCAGGAGGAGCACAAGCAAGCAGGGAUGGACUUAGAGUCUGAGUCUGAUAGGUGUAUGACGUGGUUGGCUCAGGGUUUGUUGGCGGGAGAAAGUAUUCAGCCCCGUCCCCUCAUCCGUGCCCCGCGUUGCCUGCGGCGAAACUCCUCACACCUGCUUCCUGCCGAUGCUGUUUACCGGAGCCCAGCCUCUUACGGGCUGUACGGCCGCUACCGUAGGACCAGUCAGGCACAGGGUCUGUCUAAUGUAGGUGGAGUGUGGACAGGGAGGCGCAAUUCUCUUGCAGCUCGAGGAUCAGUUGCAUUGUACAGUACGAGCUCCCCUUGCUGGACAGAUCACAGUCAUUCGCACACACUGCAGGAAACUUACUACAACCCACAGAUUGACACAUGGAGUGCGUUCCUCUCGAAGGCCAUUGCCAAGUCCGGUCUCCAGCACCUCUCAUGCCAGCCCAGUGCUGCAGUGUUGGCCAAGGGGGAAACUGACAGAGAAAUCCGCAGCACAGUGGACUGGAGUGAAUCAGCCCUGUAUGGAGAGCACAUCUGGUUCGAGACGAAUGUCUCUGGGGACUUCUGUUACGUCGGAGAACAGCACUGUUACGCCAAAUCCCUGCAAAAGUCUGUUGCUCGGAAAAAGUGUGCUGCUUGCAAGAUUGUAGUUCACUCCAUCUGCAUUGAACAGCUGGAAAAGUUAUUGGACUGGAAAGCUCCGCCUCAUGGGGAGGGGCUUGAUGAGGUGCCUCUCAAAGACCCAUCAUUCAGAAUAAACUUCAGAUGUAAACCAUCUUUCAGGGAGUCCGGUUCACGGAACAUCCGCGAACCUGCAAUAGUGCGACACCACUGGGUCCAUCGGAGAAGACAAGAGGGCAAAUGCAAACAGUGUGGAAAGGGGUUUCAGCAGAAAUUUGCCUUUCACAGUAAAGAGAUUGUAGCCAUUAGCUGCUCCUGGUGCAAACAAGCAUAUCAUAAUAAGGUGACAUGCUUCAUGCUGCAGCAGAUAGAAGAACCGUGUUCAUUAGGAGCACAUGCCGCCGUUAUAGUACCUCCUACCUGGAUCAUACGGGUUCGCCGACCUCAGUCCUCAUUAAAGUCAAGCAAAAAGAAGAAACGAACGUCUUUCAAACGCAAAUCCAGCAAGAAAGGAGCAGAGGAGGCUCGAUGGAAGCCCUUCAUUGUGAGACCUAUUCCCUCUCAACUCAUGAAGCCAUUGCUGGUGUUCGUAAACCCAAAGAGUGGAGGAAACCAGGGAUCUAAAAUCAUCCAGUCCUUUCUGUGGUAUCUAAACCCUCGGCAGGUUUUUGAUCUCAGUCAGGGGGGUCCUCAGGAAGGCUUGGAGAUGUAUCGCAAAGUUCACAACUUGAGAAUUUUGGCCUGUGGUGGGGACGGCACGGUGGGCUGGAUUUUGUCCGCUCUUGAUCAACUGCAGUUAAACCCUUCUCCUGCUGUGGCAGUACUUCCUUUGGGCACAGGAAAUGACCUCGCUAGGACGCUAAACUGGGGUGGGGGUUACACAGAUGAACCUCUGAGUAAAAUCCUAUCUCACGUUGAAGAUGGGAAUGUUGUACAGCUGGAUCGAUGGAACCUUAUUGUGAAGCCCAACCCAGAGGCGGGGUCAGAGGAAAGAGAUGAGCAGGUGACAGACAAGCUCCCUUUGGACGUCUUCAAUAAUUACUUCAGCCUUGGGUUUGAUGCUCAUGUGACUUUAGAGUUCCAUGAAUCCCGAGAGGCCAACCCUGAGAAAUUUAACAGCCGAUUCAGAAACAAAAUGUUCUAUGCAGGGACAGCGUUUUCUGAUUUCUUGAUGGGCAGCUCCAAAGACCUGGCUAAACACAUUAGAGUGGUGUGUGACGGCACAGAUUUGACCUCUAAAGUGCAGGAUUUGAAGCUGCAAUGCCUGGUCUUCCUCAAUAUCCCCAGGUACUGUGCGGGCACUAUGCCAUGGGGCAAUCCAAGUGAGCAUCACGAUUUUGAGCCUCAGCGUCAUGACGAUGGCUGCAUUGAGGUCAUAGGAUUCACAAUGACGUCACUGGCCACGCUGCAGGUCGGAGGUCAUGGUGAGAGGUUAAAUCAGUGUCGUGAAGUCACCCUCACCACCUUUAAGUCAAUCCCCAUGCAGGUGGAUGGCGAGCCUUGCAAACUAGCCCCAUCUGUUAUUCACAUCUCCCUGAGAAACCAGGCCAACAUGGUGCAGAAAACCAAGAGACGCACAUCAAUACCACUUCUCAAUGACAGUCAGCAGCCAUUUCCAGAACGAUUACGGAUCAGAGUGAGCCGUAUCAGCAUGCAUGAUUAUGAAGCCCUACACUACGAUAAGGAGAAACUUAAAGAAGCUUCAAUUCCUCUGGGUCUCAUCGUUGUCCCAGGAGACAGCGAUUUGGAAACCUGCCGAGCUCACAUCGAGAGACUACAGGAGGACUUUGUGUCGUGUCACCCAUCUCUACAGCGGCUGGUGCUCCAGGAAGGUGACGGGACCAAAUCAAAGGCUUUGUCGUCUCAAAGGCUGUCGCCAAAAUGGUGCUUUCUCGACUCUACAACAGCUGAUCGAUUCUACAGGAUUGAUCGAGCUCAAGAGCAUCUUAACUACGUGACUGAAAUUUCUCAGGAUGAGCUGUUUGUUUUGGACCCAGAGCUGGUUGUGACGGAGACGGUCAGUACAUCGCCAGGCAUGCCAGACCUGGUGGACUCUUCUAGUGACGCCCCUUCUGACCCACGUAAAUUUGCCUUCCCAUCAUCCUCUUCUUCUCCACCAAACUCGCCCGGACCCAGGGUUGCAGAGCUCCAGAGGAAGCGUGUUUCCAGUGACAGUUCUGUGGCAGAAGCUCUUGCACACAGUGACUCGCUCAGAUCAGCCAAACCAGCUCUCAGCAGGGUGGGGGGUGUUCACCGCUCAAACACAACAGCAGCAGAUUUCAAACCUACCAGCAGGUUUGACAAGAGCAACCUGAACAAUGCAAACUCUGUGUCAGCAGACAGUCUAAUUGAAUGUGUGAAGAAGAAGGACCACCAGAAGUUGAAGGAGCUGCAUAAGAAGGGGGCUGACCUGUGUGUGCAGGACCCUGUGGGCCGGACCCUGCUGCACUAUGCUGUGGAAGUGGGAAGCAAGGAGAUCGUCAGAUACAUCAUUGAUAAUGCACCCACCGAUAUCCUGGAUGUAACGGAGAGAGAAAAUGGAGAGACAGUAUUGCACAAAGCGGCCUCGUUGUGUCAGAGGACAAUCUGUCAUUACCUGGUGGAGGCAGGAGCAUCUCUCAUGAAGACAGACUUACAGGGCGACACUCCAAAGCAUCGCGCUGAGAAGGCGAAAGAUGCAGAACUUGCGGCGUAUCUCGAGAACCGCCAGCACUACCAAAUGAUCCAGCGUGAGGACCAGGAGACUGCAGUUUGACCUUUAAUCUCUCACCCUUCACCUCAACCAGUGUCCUCCUUUUUGUGCCAAAACAACAAUAACCAAAAUUGUAUCACUAAACCCGUCGUAGGCUCUCUGGACUGCAGGGGAGUGAUACAUUUCCAGAGAGGGGAGAUGGCCGCGCACUUAACUGUCUCUAUAGAGAGGUCCCAAGCUUUCAUCUUCUUCUUCUGAAUGACCUGUUGGACUUAAUGUCUUUCAUUUCAUUGCACUGCCAAAACAUCUUUGAGUUUGUAUGUAUGAGACAGAAUGCAUUUCCCUCUAUGUUAAUGCACCCAUCAAGCUUGCUUUUCUAGUAUGACGAUGCUGAAUGUUAAAUGAAUACGGUGAGGAUUUAAAGAUGCAUGGGCUGGUGUCUGUUUCCAGAUUCAUGUCUGUCUGUAAGAGUGUCUGGAGUAUUCACCGUAGCCCUGACUCCACAGCCAGGUUCAAUAUUGCUCUGUUAUGGCUGAGCAUUAAUCUGGUUAGUGGUACAGAACAUGAACCGGAAUCAACAUUUCAGUUAGCGGACUUAUUUGCUAAAGACAGUAGAGCCAUUAAAUGACAUGUUGUUAAUAUAUAAUGUAACUUUUUAGAUUGCCCUGCACUGAAAGAUUUCAGGUUGGUUCAAAGAUAGGAAUGUUUCCUGAUCUGAGGUAUCAGAACUAUUUAGAUAUUUUUCAGGUGUGCUAUUGGAAGGAUUUUGCAUUUUCAUAGAUUUCUGUGCUGUUUCUAAUAACAUUCGGUACUGUAAAUGUAUGCGAGUAGCUUUCUGUUUAAGAGGCAUUUGCACUGUAGCUUUGAUUGCCUUCUUUAUUCUAUACUCUGGAUUUAUAAUUGAUGUACUAAAGUAUAGCUUCUUUCCUACAAUAUUUUUAAGUAAAUAGAUGUUUAUAUAAUUUGUAGCUAAAAGAUGUGUUGUCAUGUUUGUAUUAUAAAACUCUGUAAAUUUAGAUUUUGGUUUAUUGGAGUUGAGAACAGAUCUCUCUGUGACUCAGCUCAUUUUUCUUAAAUCUUUGUGAUAAAACAGCGCACUCUAUAAGAGUUUAUUGUUUUGUUUUGUUUUUGUUUUUUUUUAGUGCUGAUGUCUUAAUACAGAUUCAGGAUUUUAGGAUGCAUAUAUUUAUUUUCCUAAAUCAUUAUAUAUUGAAUUAAUUUGGCCUUGAAAGCAUACAUGUUUGAUAAUAUUAGUAAUUUAUGACUUAUUUUAAUGAUUUACAUUAUAGAAUGAAACUCCGUCUAGAGAGUUACUACUUCAUUAAUGAUAUGUCCCACUGGUUUCAAAGUUCUUUACAAUGUAAUUAUACAGUAUGUUUGCAUAUUCAUAUUGUAAAUAAGUAACGCACUGUGUUCGGGUGAACACACUAGCAUCUUUAGAGCUAUUCAUUUGCUCUUGGAAAUGCAUUUUCAGCACCCUCGAUUGUCUAAAAAAAACCCAUCCAUCUAUCCGUCCAUCUAUCCAUCUGUGUCGCCCUUUUACCCAGAAAGCUGUUUGACAGGAGCCUUGAUGAACGAGAUUAUAUGAUUGACAUCAUAUGCCAUAAACACUGAACUCUUUCAAUAAACAUGUGAUAUGUCUUAAUGAUCGGUUUUCUUAAACUCUAAGACUUUUUUUAAGGGUUAGAGAUCCCCCCCACAGGCUUUUUUUUAGCAGUAAAAAUCGGGUUUGUUGUACACGGGAAUGUUCUUUUUUUCAUCCUUUCAUCCUAUUCUUUUAACGUCCCAUCUGAGAAGUGUAAUACAGCUUCAUAUAUUUUAGACAGACACUGGUUCACAAACGCAUUCUGGGAGAAAACAAAGCUAGCAGAUGGGCUGACACUGUAAACGGUCUUCAAGCCAACAGAGCUUUUUGCUCAAUCAUGCCAAAUUCAUUCCUUCACCGAGGAAUUUUGAUCAUUUAAUUUUACCGUUUGAGAUAAACAGCCUACAGGAACCUCUCGCGCUCACGGUGAUUGAAGGGAUUAAGAGACAAUUUUGUGAGUUUUGAGGCUUUCAAUUUCUGCAUAAUUAUCAUAAUCCUAAACUAGAGUUUGUCAGAGUAAAAGGCAGAACAGAUGCCGCAGAUUUUUCCACAAAUGUUUGAACCCAUUCACCAACACUUAAAGUGAGUUGUUCUGUGGCAGUUUUAAACUAAUUGUAGUGUCGUUCAAAUCUUAGGAUUCAUACGAUGUAAAUUCAGCUACUUUGUUGCAUUGUAUUUCUUGUUUAAAAUAUGUUCGAACCUUGCCACAACACCCAACGCUUGAUCUUUUUUCUGUAAAACAUCUCAUUUGAUUUGAAGUACAACAACCUUAAAUUACCGUAUGUCUGCAGUUCCAUACCUGAUUACUAGCGAUAUGAGUUUUUGACAAGCAUGAAGAUGUUCCAGUGCGUGAACUCGGUCCACAGCGGUUUACUCAGUGAAGUGGAUAUUUUAAUGGCAGGUUUUUAAUGCCGUUGACUGCAUUUAGCAUAUCAUUUCUAUAGCUCUAAGGGGAGGGGGGGAUCGAUGCCCUGCGCCAGCCCACUGCUACUUUUACUUUAGUCUGGUUUUAAGAUUUUAUCACCCAGACUUUAAUGAUAUGGUUGUUUUGUUUUGCUGUUGAUCCAUUUACUCUGUGGCACAUUCAGAAGAGAUUGAAAGUGAUGCUGGCAGCAUCAUAUUACCCUUCGGUUUCCCCUGCUAAGAUUUAUUUUCGUCCAACCAACAGAUCAUGAUUAUGAUUCUGUACAGUGCUUCAUUAUAAAUAAUUCAUGCUUCCAUGUUUUCUCAAGCAGCUAUUUACAGCUGGACCUUAAAUGUCCUUCCAUUAUCUUAUUAAGACCAAGUUUUUAAUCCAUAGCUUAUUUCACUGUCGGCAAGAACCUUGCCGCUAAAUACCUAUCUGUAAUUUCCUAGUUUUCUUUAUAUAGCGGAGACACUAUUGAAGUGUAUUCCAUGUUCAGUACUUCAUCUUCAAUGUUAUGAAUGCACACUCCAUUUUUUACAGCAUUACUUAAGAGAUGAGAUUUUCCAAGAAAGCUCACAUUUUUCUAUUCUUAAAAUCUCCUUACUUUUACUUUCAAAGGGCAAAGCAAUGUAAUAUGUAUGUAUUUUGAAUUUCUGAAUGUGUUUCGUCGCUGUGUAAUUAAGCUCUUAAGCCUUUAGCCAUCAAGAUGCAUGAAAGCAGUAAGAAAAUGAAGAACUGCCUCUUUCAUCGAGUUACAGGAAAAACAAUCUGACAUUGACACUAAUUUGUGUCUGGUUUGAUUUUUUUUUUUUUUUUUGAGUUGCAGUGCAAUUCAAGGCUAGAAUUUGUUAGAGGUUCUGAUAAGCAGAAAAAAAGGCAGAAAAGAAAGCAUGGGUUCCAGUGCAAUAUAUUGGGUUUUAAAAAAUGUUUUAUGAAUAUUUUGUUCUGUAAUGUAGUCGGUAUCUAUCUCUUCAAUGAAUUUAUUCUGUUUCUGUCUGGUUAAUAAAAUAAUAAAACAUACUGAAUAUUU